UGUCACCACAAUUAAUCGCUUUUAGAACCAUCAUCGAAUAUUGCUUACUUGGGUACUUUGAGAUGGUGACCACAUAUAUUGCCGGAAGAACCCUUUCAAGGGCUGGCAGACAAGCUUUGGCAAGUGCGGUAAAGAGACAAGCACAGCCAGGACCAUCUUCUUCUACAUCCACAAUAGCAAGACAGUCACCCUGCUCUUCUUCCUCAUCCUCUUCAAACGUUCGACCAUUCUCAACAUCUUCGAUCUCAAAAAGAGAAGUACCAGCCGUUCAUCUUCCACCAAUCGCACGUAAAGAUCCAAAAUUAUUCGAAUCACUUCGACCUCCUCCAAGAAGUGCUUACGUCGCAUUGGCAUAUCGAUUAAAAUUGAUUUCCAAUUCGACCGAUUCUGAAACGAAACAAAAGAGGAUCGCAUUGCUUGUUCGUGCAUGUACACAUCCAUCGUAUGCCACCCUUGUCCAACGUGCAGCUUCGCAGCAUGGUGAAGAGGCGGUAGCAUUAACAGGUGUAGGAAAAGGACUUGAACGUGUGGUAGAUGCAAGUUCAUCAAAAAUUGCCAAUGAAUUGGCAGAAUUAGACAAACAAUAUCUGACAAUCACACCAGAGAAGAAUCACGCAUCGAUGGCUUCUUUGGGCAAUUCCCUGCUAGGCGUCAUCGCAUCAGAAUAUCUGCAUCUACGGUAUCCCAAUUUACCAAAUCGAGUAUUGAAAGCAGCUCUUUCGGCUUAUGUAGGACCCAAUACACUCUCUGAUGUGGCCACAGAGAUGGGACUCGCAGGACAAGGAAUUGUACGAUGGGACAAAGAGAUAACGGGAGGAAGCAGAACGAUGUCUCGGGAUACGUUUUCAGACGUUUUAAGAGCAAUCGUUGCUUUAAUGUUCCAGGAGCAAGGUCUAUCAUCUGCUCGAGAAUUCGUUCAUGCACAUUUGCUAUCGAGAAUGGUACCGAUCUCCUCCUUAUUGAAAUUCGCAGACCCAAAGAGAUCUUUGAGCGGAUUGAUGAAGAAAUUGGGCAAAGAACGACCGCAAAGUAGAAUGAUCGCAGAAACGGGAAGAUUGAGCAUAAAUCCCGUCUUCGUUGUUGGUGUUUGGAGUGGUAACGAAAAGUUAGGAGAAGGAACGGGAAGUGCGAUCAAGAUGGCAGAAUAUCGUGCAGCAGAAGAUGCACUUAGACGUUUUUAUAUGACUGAAACACCCAAUGCCAAUAUUUCACUACCUUCUAUCACUUUAGACGGUGAAUUACCUUCAAGCUUACAAGGAGAGAAUGACGGAAUCGGAUUCAAGGAUAUCUGGAGCAUUGAUCAAUUAUCCAACACUGGAAAGCCCAUGACCAAUGCAUUCCGACCUGCACCUCUAGGAAUGAGUGAAGUGAUCUUUGGCAACAAGUCAUGAAAGGGUGCUCUCUUUUCCUUUUUAAUUUACAAUUUGUAUACAUUAUUGCAUCAAUAUCAUGUACUAGAUGAAGUCAAUUGAAGUGAU